AUGGCUUCAUGCCUACAGCCUACAUGCAUGGCUUCAUGUCUACAGCCUACAUGCAUGGCUUCAUGUCUACAGCCUACAUGCAUGGCUUCAUGCCUACAGCCUACAUGCAUGGCUUCAUGCCUACAGCCUACAUGCAUGGCUUCAUGUCUACAGCCUACAUGCAUGGCUUCAUGUCUACAGCCUACAUGCAUGGCUUCAUGUCUACAGCCUACAUGCAUGGCUUCAUGUCUACAGCCUACAUGCAUGGCUUCAUGUCUACAGCCUACAUGCAUGGCUUCAUGUCUACAGCCUACAUGCAUGGCUUCAUGUCUACAGCCUACAUGCAUGGCUUCAUGUCUACAGCCUACAUGCAUGGCUUCAUGUCUACAGCCUACAUGCAUGGCUUCAUGUCUACAGCCUACAUGCAUGGCUUCUACAGUCGGCUCAGCACAAAAAAUAACUGGCUCAUUCAGUUAA